AAAUCAAAUUAGGUCCAGAAAUCCUCACAAGGAUAGCAAAACAUGGAGAAAAAGAUAUGACUCCAAUAACAAUAAAUCAAAGCAGGGCCGAACGUUUUAUGUUUUUUUAACCUGGCACUGUAGUGUUUUUCUAAAGGUAUCAUUUUAUUUAUCCAUGUAAAUAUUCACUUUUGCCAUUAUUUCCCAACACGAUUCUACUCAAUCAUUUAAAAACAAGUUAAGGAGCGCCAAAACGUAAUAUGAUUUAUUGAUUUUGAUGAUAACAUUGAAAUCCUAGAAAUGAGCUAGUCCUGGCUACUACAAAAACCACAAUACAUUACUGGGAAAGGAUCCCCGGAUGAAAUACUUUUGCUACAACAACGAGAGGGCAAGGAGGUGGUGGUUAUUUAAGAAGAUAACCAGUUAAUGGGAUAUUUCAACAUUCCUACUUUACCUGCACCCUAGUCUGCAGUGUGGAUGAGGGAAGCAUGCAGACCAUAAAGUGUGUGGUGGUUGGCGAUGGUGCAGUGGGUAAGACUUGCUUGCUCAUCUCCUACACAACCAAUGCCUUUCCAGAGGAGUACAUCCCUACUGUGUUCGACAACUAUAGUGCCCAGAUAAGUGUGGAUGGCCGCGCCAUCAGCCUCAACCUUUGGGACACAGCAGGCCAGGAGGAGUAUGAUCGCCUGCGUACCCUUUCCUACCCACAGACCAACGUCUUUAUCAUCUGCUUCUCCAUCGGCAGCCCUUCCUCUCAUGCCAACGUAAGGCACAAGUGGCACCCAGAGGUGUCCCAUCACUGCCCUGGAGUUCCAGUGCUGUUGGUGGGCACCAAAAGGGAUCUGCGUGGAGAUGCAGAAGCAGUGAAGAAGUUGAAGGAGCAUGGCUUGGCCCCUACCACCCUUCAGCAGGGCAACGCCUUAGCCAAGCAGAUUGGAGCUGUCAAAUACUUGGAAUGCUCAGCUCUGAUGCAGGACGGAGUGAGGGAGGUGUUUGCAGAGGCUGUCCGAGCUGUUCUCUACCCUGUUACUAAGAAGAAUCCCAAGAAGUGUGUUCUGUUAUAACUAUGUGCCUAGACUGUAGGGGACUGGGGGAAGAGACUCAAUUGGCUCUGCCAUUUUGGCUCCCAAUAUGCCUUCCACGUUCUAACCCUUACCGCUGUUUGUGUUGCCUAGCUUUUUAUUAAUUGAUUGUUUGUCAAGAGGUCUACUCCAAUAAUGAUGUGGUUUUAAUUGAUGCCACCAACAGUCUAUGGAUUUUUUUGUAUCUCUGAAAUAAAAAAAAAACCAAAGCCAAGAUGCCAAGGGAUUUCAACAGUGCCUUCUCAGCCACUUGCUGCCUUAAUUAUCACCAGCUGCAAGCUUAAGAAUAUGACAUCUGAUUUGAUCCCUGUGGUUUUCUUCUUUCUCAGGCCAGUCUUCUGUUUUGGACCUUUUUUGUUUACCUUGCCCUAGUUUUAACCUAAUGUAUUUCACAAGAAUUCACUGUGUUAAUAAUCAACAGCUGGGGCCCCUCUAUCAUUACAGUAAUAAUUAUUGUGGCUCCUUUGCUCUUACUGCAUUAGGGUUGUGAAUAAGCCACUUACUUCUAACAUGAUUCAGGGUGGCAGGAUCUGCGAACUAGCCUUUGCUGGAAUGAGAUGAGCGAGGUGUAUAUAGUGUCAAAAGAGCAGCACACUCUGAAUUGAUCAUUUGUCUCCUAUUGCUAUUCAAGUUAGACUUCUCUCGUACUCAGUAAAACCGUGAGCGUGCUCUUACACAAUGCUUUAUUGUCAAAACAAUGUCCUGAUUGUCUCUGAGUGAAUACAGAUUCAGAUGUCCAUGUCUCCUAAGUAAACCAAUGUCCUGAAGAUUAGUCUUUUACAUGUAGUGCUGUUGGGACAAGCCAGUAAACAAUUUUACUGAUCACCAGUGAAUACUGACAACCCCCUUCCCCUGCUUAUAGUUUGGUUGUUGUUUUUUGGGGGAGGAGAGGUCGGGUCUAACAAACCACAAGUCAAAUACAUUCCAUGUUCUGUUGUAACUGAAAUAUGUGCUGACUGUUGCUACUCAUUAGGAUAUAAUAUAACAAAUCCUGUACUGUUUAGCGUUACUGCCCACAUGUAGGUACGUAUGCUUAUUCGUGGCAAAUUAACUAUGAGCAGUGGCAAGCACAGUACGUUUUAUUAAUACCUAACAGAAUGGGCUGCUUCAUGAAUGUGCUUGAUGGGUUGUGGAGAGGAAGAGUAUGAGCCUCAGUGCUACACAGUAGAGGGCUACCUGAGGAAAGUACCUAGGAUCCCCCAAACUCCUCUAGUAGGAUGUUUUUGUGUUCCUGAUGGUCUUUCUUGGCAUGACUCGGUCUGUCAUUUGCCCUUUUACAUUUGGUCAUGUUAUAUGACAUGUUCCUGCAACCACAAAUGUGUGCAGUUGGUGAUACUAAAGGACCAGAGUUGGGAAGCUCUGUCAUAUGGAAUCUCUUACGGAGUUAAUGUGCAGCUUCUGUCCUUAAGGGCCAAAUGGUCAACUGGGUUUUCCUUAAACUGCAGCACUGAAUUGAAUGGAAAGUAUGGCAUUUGAUGGACAUCUGUUUUUAUAAUUCAUAGUAAUCAUGCUGACUGGAAAAAUAAAUGUGGCGUGAACCUGCAUUCUGUAGCUCGAAAGCUAAAGGUGCACUUCUUCUGGAGGUAUUUACCUUCUCAAACUGACAAAAUGCCACCUAACACUGCCUGGCAAUAAAUGGGUUCUGGCGGAAUGUCUCUGUCCUAACUAGUAAUCUGCUAUGACGUAUUAGCAGUUAUAAAGGUUAAGUCGGCUUACAUAUUCCUGUUAAUUCUUUGGAGCUCAAUACAAUUCUGUACUGCAAACUGGAGGAUUGUUUUUUUGUGAUUGGAAAGACACAUUUUGGUGUUCUUUAAACUUUGUGUCCAAGUCAUUCAUUGAUCAUCCAUUUAAUUCCAGAAGUGCCAUGGUAUUUCGCUAUUUGUUAAAACACUCAACUUGAUUUAUGUUUUGAUUUAAUUAUAUAUAUUUUUACAAAGAAAGUCAAUGUGCUUAUUGUAAUACAAUGUAUACUAUUUAGAUUGUUACCUUACAUUGUGUAGUUAUACCUUUAUUACCUUUAAAAAGACUUACUUUGAUAACAAGAUGUUUACCCUAAAUUUCUUAAUGUAUUUCAUAAGCUUAGUAAUCAAAUGCAAUCUAAAGGAAAGACCAGUGUUUUCAAUCUAUCAAUGGGUCUUCAUAACAGUUCCCACCACCUGGAAAUAAAGUGUGAAAGUGAUCACCUUUUCUCACUUAACGGCUGGGUCCUCAACACCUGUGGUACAGGGGUACCAAACCGGGGUUUGCCAUUACCCAGACCUACAUGGCUGCAGAAAGUCAGUUUGUCUCCAGAUUGUUUGGAUUAACAUGAGAAGGCACACUGUAGCAUCAACUUUGGCCUGUUUUAAUUGAAUUGAAUUAAUUUUGCCUUGAAGUGUGCCAGUCUAUGGUGGUUUGUGGUUUUUGACUUGAGCACUGUGGAACUUUGGUGAAUAACUGCAGUGGCACCCAAAUCUACCAAAUUCUGUGGAAAGUAUCCAUCAUGCCAAAUAAAAAAUUUAAAUUUC